AUGUCGUACUCCGAUCAGAUAGAUCAACUGGCAUCGAAAUUUAAUGAUGAGUCUGCUUCCCUUCAAACUAGACAUGCUGCUACUUCUGAGCUAUGUGAUUUAUUGGAAUUUAUGAAUACUCCUGAGAAUUACCAGAGUUUUCUGAAAGUAGUGGCACCGGCUUUAGUUCAGCAGUUGAAAGUGGUUCCACCUUCUUUCAACUUAGCUUCUCCAGAACACAAGCUGAGAAACUCAAUUUUGAACGUAUUGAAUAGAUGUCCGAUGAAUUCAACUUUAGAACCUUACGUGGAAAGUAUGCUUGAAGUUUUAUUGGACAGUUUACCGAAAGAAAAUGAAGAGAAUGGUGUGCUAUGCAUGAAAGCACUCACAUCUCUGUUUAAAUCGUUCAAGGCCCUAUUACAGAAUAAAGUCGAAGAGUUUAUUCAGAUAAUUAUUCAAAUAUACAAGAAUACUCCAGAAUCCGUGAGGCAAACGUUUGAUGAGAACUCCGAUGCAAUUUCUUCCGAGGAUGAAAUGAGAGAUGAUCAAUCACUGAAUGGUGAUAUGAAUAGCAACGAAAUCAACGAGGAUGGUGACGUGAAGACUGAAGAUCCCGGAACGGUUAAGGACUCCAGGUCGACGAUGUAUUCUUUCAAGAUCCUGUCGGAAUGUCCUAUCACUAUGGUUACACUUUAUUCUUCGUAUAAGCAACUGACGGGCACUUCACUUCCGCAGUUUACUCCGCUUGUGAUGGACUUGCUAAAUAUGCAGGUCUCACAGCAGCAGAGGGCGCGUGAAGAAGCAGAGGCUAGAGGUGAGAGAUUCACGUCGGUGUCGCCAGAGAUCAAGAAGCGUGGCGCGUACUGUGAGUUCAUCUUAGCACAGAUAAAGGCAACUUCGUUCCUAGCGUACGUGUUUAUCAGAGGUUACGCUUCCGAUUUUUUACAAAAUUGUGUUGGUUUCAUACCAGACCUAAUAAUACGACUGUUGCAAGACUGUCCUUCGGAACUGUCAUCCGCGAGGAAAGAACUAUUGCAUGCAACAAGGCAUAUUCUGUCUACCAACUAUAAGAGGCUUUUUCUACCCAAGUUAGAUUAUUUGUUCGAUGAAAAAGUGCUGAUUGGAGUUGGUUUUACUACCCAUGAGACCUUGCGCCCUUUAGCUUAUAGUACAGUUGCUGAUUUCAUUCAUAACGUCAGGGCAGAGCUGCAAUUGGAUGAUAUAGAAAAGACAAUACGAAUGUACACGGGCUACCUACUGGAUCAAUCUUUGGCACUUACAGUUCAAAUAAUGAGCGCAAAAUUACUACUUAACUUGGUGGAGCGAAUUCUGAAAUUAGGCAAGGAAAAUCCACAAGAGGCUCCAAGAGCUAAGAAACUUCUGAUGAUCAUCAUAGAUGCCUAUACUAAUAGAUUUAAGACAUUAAAUGGACAAUAUAAUUCCAUUAUGAGACAUCAUAAUCAAUAUGAAAAGGAUAAAAAUUCCAAGACAAAGAGAAUCCAACAGGCUGCGAUAACGAGUAACGAAGACACAGAUAAUUUUAUGAAAGAAGUGUUACAUUUCGAACCUGAUGUACCGAAUAUUGAGGACCCAAAUUCAGUUCAAGAUUCCGAAGGUGAUAUUAAAUUGAAUGGCCAGGACACGAAGUCGGAUGAAGUUGAACUUGAGUUACCUGAUUUAAAAAACCACGCUCCAUUACUCUUGACCCCAGUUGGAACUAGUGACCCCGUCAGGGACGCUUUUUACCUCUAUCGCACCCUGAUGUCGUUUUUGAAGACUAUUAUUCACGACCUGAAAGUCUUCAACCCACCACCAGCUGAAUACACGAUAACAAAUCCUAAACUUUGGGUUUCUGUUUCGAGAGUGUUUUCCUAUGAGGAAGUCGUGGUAUUCAAGGAUCUUUUCCAUGAGUGUAUAGUGGGUUUGAGGUUUUUCUCUAGUAAUGCAGGUAAGCCUCUUCCUUCAGUCAAGAAACAUUUUGAUAUAACAAUGCCCAGCUUACCAGUUUCGGCCACAAAGGACGGAAGAGAAUUAAUGGACUACUUGGCAUUCAUGUUUAUGCAGAUGGAUUCCUCGACAUUCAAUGAAAUUAUAGAGUCUGAGAUGGAGUUCAUGUACGAAAGUAUGCUCCAAGAUUCCGCACUGCUGCACAUUGCACAGUCUUUCUUAACAAGCGAGAUAACAUCACCCAAUUUUGCUGGUAUACUGCUGCGGUUCCUGCAAUCAAAAUUAAAAGACCUUGGCAAUGUGGAUUUCAAUAAAUCAAACAUUUUAAUCAGACUUUUCAAACUCUCGUUUAUGUCCGUCAAUCUCUUCCCAAACCUUAACGAAAUUGUAUUACUUCCCCAUCUAAAUGAUUUGAUUUUGAGUUCCCUAGACUAUUCGACAACGGCUGAAGAACCGCUGGUAUAUUUUUACCUAAUAAGAACCCUUUUUAGGAGCAUAGGUGGAGGCAGGUUUGAGAAUCUUUACCGCUCGAUAAAACCUAUCCUACAAGUACUGCUGCAAUCUCUGAAUGGCAUGAUCUUAACCGCUCGUUUACCUCAUGAACGUGAACUUUAUGUGGAGCUUUGCAUCACAGUGCCGGUACGCUUAAGCGUUCUUGCCCCCUUCCUCCCAUACUUAAUGAAACCUCUGGUUUACGCUUUGCAAGGGUAUCCUGAUUUGGUGUCACAAGGUUUACGAACACUCGAGUUAUGUAUUGAUAAUCUGACAGCUGAGUACUUUGACCCAAUCGUUGAACCAGUGGUGGAAGAUGUUACAAAAUCGUUGUUCAAGCUACUUAAACCUCAACCUUUCAAUCAUACGAUCAGUCAUACAGCUGUCAGGAUAUUGGGAAAACUUGGGGGGCGUAAUCGCCGCUUCCUCAAGUCAGCUUCUGACUUGAAAACAAAGGAUGAGCUAGACCUUGAAAUUAACGCAAUGUUCAGGAUUAAUGGUAUAAUUGAAGAAGUUCCACUGUCCGUAACACCAGGUAUCGAAGCGGCUCUCAACAUCAUCACAGAUUAUCGACUAGAGCUCAAUUACAAGCAAAGCGCCUACAAAUAUUUGAAGUCAGUCCUCCUUCUCUUUAUAAAAUCAUCCACGCAUUUUCCUGAAAACUAUGAACUAUUAGUCGAGGCCGCUGUCAAAGCCUGCUCCCUUGAGAAGCUCGAGGCUGAGCCUGAUUAUUCUCCUGAGGCGAUGAGAAAUAGCAGCGAAUUUUCAAUACAGGAGGAAUUACUUGUCAAGCUACUCGAAUCCAUCUUCUUUGCCACUUCGAUACCGGAAAUUAAGGACGAAGCAAUGGAACUGAUAAACCAAGUCACUGAUCAUUUCUGCCUGCUCCAUGUAAAUAACACGCUUUUACACAAGAGGAACUACAGCAGCAUGUUCAACAUAGACCUGAAACAGCCCGAUGUCAUGAUAAACAACAACGUUCUGAUGCGAGCUAUCUCAUCUUCCUUGUCAAGCUACAUUGCUGAUGUCAGAGAAGCUGCUGUCAGCACCAUCAUUCGAAUCUACGACAAAAGCAAAUUGAUUUAUGGAGAAGAUUUGCUAUAUUCUCAGACACUGGUUGUAGAUUCACUGAAAACUUUCAUUCAUCAUUGUUACGAAGAAGCAUUUUACGAUAAACGGGCGGGUGUUCUAGGUAUGAGCACCUUGAUAGAAACAGUUGGAAUUUCAACCCAGCUCCUGAAGAAGCUACAAUUUGAAUUAGUUGAUGGAUUGUUAUUUGUCUUGAAAGACACUCCAGUACAAGCUCCCGCCAUCAUUUCCGAGAAUGCUGAGAAAUUGAUGCUGUGCAUCAUCAAGAAAACGUGUGCCGAUGUGAAGGAAGAGGACUUGAACUCAAAGACGUUACAAAACACCCUGACUGAUAUCGUUUGCGAAUUGAGCAACGCCAAUGAAGCGGUCAGAAAAGCUUGCCAAAGGUGUCUUGCCGCAGUAUCAGAGACCACCAGCAUCUCGGUCGUCAAAUUGAUGAAUCGUUCCAAGAACCUUUUGUUGUCGCCCAUUUUUGCUAAGCCUUUGAGGGCAUUGCCCUUUUCCAUGCAAAUUGGUAAUGUGGAUGCUAUAACAUACUGUCUAGGCCUGCCAGAUACAUUUUUGACUUUCAAUGAAGAGCUCUUCCGCUUACUCCAGGAGGCGAUUGUACUUGCAGACGCAGAAGAUGAUUCACUUUCUACAAUACAGAGAGCUACUGAAUACCGCACCUCAGAACAGCUAGUCCAACUUAGGGUUGCAUGCAUCAAACUGCUCGCUUUCGCGCUUAAAAAUGAAGAGUUUGCAGCUGCUCAGCAGGGAAAUAUUAGGUUCCGCAUUCUCGCAGUCUUCUUUAAGACAAUGCUGAAAAAUUCUCCGGAGAUUAUCAAUACAACGUAUCAGGCAUUGAAGGAUGUUCUGGCCGAGAAUUCGAGACUUCCAAAGGAAUUAUUACAAAAUGGUUUGAAGCCUAUGCUGAUGAACUUGUCAGAUCAUCAGAAACUGACCGUUCAUGGACUGGAGGCCCUUUCAAAGCUUCUGGAGCUUCUUAUCGCUUACUUCAAGGUAGAAAUAGGGAGAAAAUUGCUUGACCACAUGAAUGCUUGGUGUAGAGUAGAGGUUUUGGACACCUUGUUCGGACAUGACAUUAUCGAACAAACGCCUACAAAAAUCGUCGUUCAAAUUAUCAAUAUAUUUCAUUUGCUGCCGCCUCAAGCCGACAUGUUUCUCAAUGAUCUUCUACUCAAGGUCAUGCUCUUGGAACGUAAGUUGAGACUUCAGCUAGAUUCCCCCUUCCGCGUGCCACUGGCGAAAUAUCUCAAUAGAUUCCGUGGCCCAACGAUGAAGUACUUCAAGAAAAAUAUGGCUUUGAGGCAAUUGAUCCUUUUCAUGUGCAGUAUUAUUCAGAAGCCUGAGGCCAAAGAGUUGGCCGAAGACUUUGAAAAUGAAUUAGAAAGCUUUUAUGAGUUUUACGUGAGCAGCAUUCCAGCCAAUCAAGUGCGAGUGGUAAGUUUCUUCACUAAUAUGGUAGAUCUGUUUUCAACAAUUGCGAACGUGAGAGGUAAAGAUUGGAUUAAGGACAAGAGAGAAAUGAUUUUCAAGUUGAAGGAUAUGCUAACCUUGACGUUAAAAACCAUCAAAGAGAACAAAUUUUACAUUGAUUAUUUGCAACUCAACCAGGCGAUAAGAAACUACCAAGAGCUUUACCUAAGCUUUAUCAAGUUUUACCCAGACGAAAAGAAUUUAUUACUGGAUUUCUUUGAGUUUGCGACAGUCAAUGACAUUACUUUAUGUCACUCUUUCCAUUCUUACAUUUUUGAUAAUAUCAUUAGCACAUCUGACAAGAAGCACCAAAGCGAGUAUUUAUGCGCUAGUAUCGAGUUUGCCCUCAGUGACAGGUUAUUAGAGGCGCAGGUUUUCGUUCUCAAAAACAUUGUCAACGCAACCUUCAUAUAUGAGGCGGUUCGCUUCAAUUCAUUGACAGGUAGUACUGACGGGAACCAGAAACCGGAGUGGCUAGAGCUUCUUCACGAAAAGGUUUGGACUAGAUCGAAUGAAGUAAUACUGAAUAAUGUUGCAGGCCAGUACGACGUCUACAGGUUUGAGUUGCUACAACUAUCCGCAAUAUUUAUCAAAUGGGCUCCUGACCUUAUUUCAGAUUUCAAAAAAGAUGUCAUUAAGUUCAAUUGGCACUUUAUCAAACUCGAGGACAUACUGGUCAAGCAGGCAGCUUACAUGACUAUUGCAUCCUUCAUUUCAAGGUUUGAAUUUCCUAUCCGAGUGGUGACGCAGGUAUUUGUUGCAAUUUUAAGAUGCUCGCAAGCAGAAGCAAGAUUCCUAGCUCGCCAAUCAUUAGAUAUCCUUGCACCUGUUAUACACAAACGUAUGGAUGAAGCAGGAACACCUAACACUUGGGUUAAUUGGGUGAAGAGAGUUCUUUUCGAGAACAACUCAGCACAGAACAAUACAUUGUAUCAGUUCUUGAUCAAUCACCCAGAUUUAUUUUUUGAUUCCAGAGAUCUCUUCAUGUCUCACAUCAUUGUUCACAUGAGCAAAGUGACAUUCAUGUCGAACAGCACUCCUGAGAAUCAUACGCUUGCGAUUGAUUUAGCUUCACUAGUUCUCUACUGGGAAGACAAAGCACUAGAAAUUAAAAGCGUGAAAAAAGAGAGUGGCGAAGAUGCUGAUGUUGACAUGGGCACUGAAAAUGAGGUUGAAACAAACGUAGACGAGAAGCAACCGGCUAAGUCCAAUCUGGUUAUUGAAUACUCCGUGCCAAUGAAUCUCCGCGAGACAUGUGUUGCUUUCCUCAUACGGUAUAUCUGUUCCAGCAACCAUAGAGCUUCUGAAUCAGAACUAGGCUUAAGGGCACUCAAAAUUUUAUCGAGUUUCUUGUCCGAAAGGCACUGGCCAAAUGUGAACGUGAAGCUCUUUUACUUCGAAAAAUUUUUGAUGUAUCAGGACCUGGGUUCAGAGAACAUUUUAUACUAUUGCAUGAAUGCUCUUGAUGUGUUGUAUGUUUUCUUCAAGAACAAAUCGGCUAAGUGGAUCAUGGAGAAUUUGACUACGAUCCAGAAUCUUUUGGAUAAAUGCUUGCGGGUAGACCACCAUGAUAUUCAAGAGGCCUUACAAAAGGUUUUGGCCGUCAUUCUGAAGUCAAUUAAAGAAGAAGAGGUGAUUGCGGAGGUCGAGGAAGAGACCCCAGGUAAGAUGUUCAUAAAAACACUAACAACAACCAUCGAGCAGGAUCUACAGGGCACCUCAUCGGUUGCUGCAGGUAUCAUGCUUGUAUGGACCUUGUUUAUGGUGUUCCCACAAACCGUUGACCCUUUAUUGGGAUCAAUUAUGAGAACGUUCAGUAAACUGUGCAAAGAUCAUUUGAGCACUUCACAACCAAAAGACGCCACUGGCGUGGAGGAAGCUAGGAUCACCACUGGUUUAUUAGAAAAACUCCUAUGUUUACUUUCACUGAAAGUGUCUGUCCUUGGAGACUCACGUCGUCCAUUCCUAUCGACAGUAGCUCUUUUGAUCGAUCGUUCAAUGGAUCAGAACUUUCUGAGGAAGAUUGUUACCAUAUCCAGAAAUUGGGUCUUCAAUAAUGAAAUUUUCCCCACUGUCAAAGAGAAAGCAGCCAUCUUAACCAAGAUGUUAGCUUUCGAGGUUCGGGGCGAACCAUCAUUGUCAAAGCUAUUCUACGAAAUAAUUCUCGAUUUGUUUGACCAAGAACAUUUCAACAACACCGAAAUUACGGUGAGGAUGGAACAACCAUUUCUGGUUGGCACUAGAGUGAAGGACCAGACGAUAAGGAGAAAGUUCAUGACAAUACUGGAUAACAGCUUGGAUAGGGAUGUUAAGGAGAGACUGUACUACGUCCUUCGAGAUCAGAAUUGGGAAUUUAUAGCUGAUUAUCCAUGGUUGAACCAAGCAUUGCAGCUUUUGUAUGGUUCUUUCGUUAAGGACUAUACUUUAACUUUGAUCGAUGUUUACAGCUUAUCCACCCCAGCAACCCUCAAAGAAUUCCUACCAAAAAACAUCCUCGUUCCAACAGAGUCUGAGAACUCAGGUUUGUCCUCAUUCAUCAAAUCCCAUAUUGCAUCCUUUGAAAAUUUAUGUGAUGUUAAGGCUGCAGAUAUUUUUGAACCACUGAUCGAACUAUUCUACGAGGAUUCCGAAGUCAUUCACAAAACCUGGGUAAGCGUAUUUCCUCAGGCAUACAGAUGUAUUCCCCGCAAUGAGAAGUAUGGAUUUGUCCGAUCCUUGAUAACGCUUCUGUCGAAACAAUAUCACUCCAGGCAGAUAACGUCUAAGAACAAUGUCGUCAGUAUGCUGUUGGACUCCAUAAGCAGAGUUGAUUCUUUAGAACUUCCUCCACAUCUCGUCAAAUAUCUUGCGAUUUCGUACAACUCCUGGUAUCAGUGCAUAAAGAUUCUGGAGGCCAUUCCAAUAAACACCUCCAUCGACAACACCAAAAUCAUUGAAGCAAACGAGGACGCGCUUUUGGAGCUCUACGUCAAUUUACAAGAGGAAGAUAUGUUUCAUGGAUUAUGGAGAAGAAGAGCAAAGUACACUGAAACAAACGUUGCACUAUCGUAUGAACAGGCAGGCCUCUGGGACAAAGCUCAACAGCUCUACGAAGUUGCCCAAAUUAAGGCUCGUAGUGGAGCACUUCCUUACUCAGAGUCUGAGUAUGCCUUAUGGGAGGACAAUUGGAUUCUUUGUGCCGAAAAACUGCAAAAUUGGGAUAUAUUGACUGAACUUGCAAAACAUGAAGGGUUCACCGAUUUGCUUCUAGAGUGUGGAUGGAGGGUAGCUGAUUGGAGUGCCGAUAGGGAAGCUCUCGAGCAAUCAGUAAAGAGCGUCAUGGAUGUUCCAACACCACGUAGACAAAUGUUCGAGACAUUCUUGGCACUUCAAAAUUUCGCUGACACCAGGAAGGGCGAUCAAGAGGUAAGGCGGUUCUGCGACGAGGGUAUACAAUUGAGUCUCCAUAAGUGGGCAUCAUUGCCAGAAAGGUAUACACCUGCACACAAAUGGCUCUUGCACGGGUUUCAGCAAUACAUCGAAUUUUUGGAAGCAACUCAAGUCUACGCCAACUUACAUUCAACUACAGUUCAAAAUCUGGAUGUCAAAGCCCAAGAAGUUAAGCGGGUGUUACAGGCCUGGAGAGAUCGUCUUCCAAAUAUAUGGGACGAUGUCAAUAUGUGGAACGAUUUGGUCACAUGGAGACAGCACGCAUUUCAGGUUAUAAACAGUGCUUAUUUGCCUUUGAUUCCAGCUCUACAGCAAUCCAGUAGUAAUAGUAACGUCAAUACGCACGCGUAUCGGGGCUAUCAUGAGAUUGCUUGGGUGAUCAAUAGGUUUGCUCAUGUUGCUCGUAAGCAUAAUAUGCCUGAUGUCUGCAUAAGCCAGCUGGCGCGCAUAUACACGUUGCCUAACAUUGAAAUUCAAGAGGCCUUCCUCAAACUGCGCGAACAAGCCAAAUGUCAUUACCAAAAUAUGAAUGAGCUGACAACUGGGUUAGACGUGAUUAGUAACACCAAUCUGGUAUAUUUCGGCACUGUCCAGAAAGCAGAAUUCUUUACGCUAAAGGGUAUGUUCUUGUCCAAGUUGAGAGCUCACGACGAAGCAAAUCAGGCUUUCGCCACUGCAGUUCAAAUCGAUCUAAACCUGGCCAAGGCCUGGGCACAAUGGGGAUUCUUUAAUGAUCGUCGUUUGUCGGAAGAACCUAAUAAUAUCAGUUUCGCAAGUAACGCUAUCAGCUGUUAUCUACAAGCUGCAGGUUUGUACAAAAAUGCCAAGACAAGAAAGCUGUUGUGUAGGAUCUUGUGGUUAAUCAGUAUGGAUGAUUCGUCUGGCUCGCUAACUAACGCGUUUGAGUCUUUCCGUGGCGAGAUACCAGUGUGGUACUGGAUAACAUUUAUUCCUCAACUGUUAACAUCACUCUCUCACAAAGAAGCAAACAUGGUGCGCCAAAUACUAAUCCGCAUUGCCAAGAGUUAUCCACAGGCACUGCACUUCCAGUUGCGUACAACUAAGGAAGAUUUUGCUGUGAUACAGCGACAGACGAUGGCAGUCAUGGGAGAGAGAAAUGAAAAUCAAUCUCAAAACGGAAGUCAGAACAAUGGUCCACGCCAACCUUGGGAGCAUUUGCAGGAGCUGAAUAAUAUCUUAAAAACAGCAUACCCACUAUUAGCAUUGUCUCUCGAGUCAUUGGUCGCUCAAAUAAAUGAGCGCUUUAAAACCAGCACUGACGAGGAUUUAUUCCGGUUGAUCAAUGUAUUACUAAUUGAUGGAACUUUCAAUUAUAAUCGUCUUCCAUUUCCUAGAGGCAAACCUAAGCUCCCUGCAAAUACAGAAACGAACCUCAUUCGGUUCUCAGAAACAUUGCUAGCACCCCAUAUAAGGCCUAAAUUCAAUGCGGACUUUAUCGAUAGUAAACCUGACUUUGAAACAUACAUCAAGAGGCUAAGAUACUGGCGUAAACGUUUGGAAAAUAAACUUGACAGGGCACCAAAGGUUGAAAACCUGGAAAAACUAUGCCCUCAUUUGAGCAACUUCCAUCAUCAAAAAUUCGAGGAAAUCGAAAUACCAGGUCAGUAUCUGCUAAACAAAGACAGCAAUAUGCAUUUCGUGAAGAUUGCAAGGUUCUUGCCUCGUUUGGACUUUGUUAGAGGUACCCACUCCUCGUACAGGAGGCUGAUAAUCCGUGGCAGUGAUGGUGGACUACACUACUUUGCUGUACAAUACCCGUCGGUGCGUCACUCGAGGCGUGAAGAACGGAUGUCUCAAUUAUUCAGACUCUUCAAUCGGUCGUUGUCAAAGAAUGUUCAAACUAGAAGUCGUGACGUCGAGUUUACUUUACCUAUUGCGGUGCCAUUGUCUCCCCAAGUCCGGCUAAUGAAUGACAAUCCAGCAUACAAGACAUUACAUCAAAUCUACGAUCAAUACUGUGCUAAGAAAAAUAUGGACCCUGACACCAUUCAAGACUUUGUGACAGAGCAACUGAAUAUUGCUCAUGACAAAGCUCUACCGACUCCAGAUCUCACUGUUGUCAAGGUUGAGAUUUUCAGUUCCAUUCAAUCUAUGUUUUUGCCUACUACAGUUCUGACAGAUUACUUUAUGGCAUUGUUCAGUCAAUUCGAAGAUUUCUGGCUCUUCAGAAAGCAAUUUGCCUCUCAUUAUGGUGCUUUUGUGUUCAUGACCUAUAUGAUGAUGAUAAACAAUCGGACUCCUCAUAAGAUACACGUGGAUGAAAGGUCAGGCAAUGUGUUUACUUUAGAGAUGUUGCCUUCAAGGUAUCCAUAUGAAAGAGUGAAACCGCUCAUGAAAACCCAAGACCUAAAUCUACCUCUUGAUGCUCCAAUCUUCCACAAUAACGAACCAGUGCCUUUUAGACUAACUCCAAAUAUUCAGAAGCUCAUUGGUGAUUCUGCUUUGGAAGGUAUAUUUGCCGUGGAUAUGUUUGCCAUUUCGCGCGCUUUAAUGGAGCCAGACAAUGAGUUGAACACAUACCUGACAUUGUUCAUUCGCGAUGAAGUGAUCUCUUGGUUCAGUAAUUUACACCGUCCAAUUGCUGAGAACCCUCAACUACGGGAGAUGAUUCAAACAAACGUGGACUUGAUCAUCAGGAAAGUUGCUCAACUUGGUCAUUUGAGUUCAAAUCCUGCGGUCACAACCCAGUUCAUUCUAGAUUGUAUCAGUUCUGCUGUCAAUCCAAGAAACUUGGCUAAAACCGACUUGAACUAUCUUCCAUGGUUCUAG